AUGCCUCAAAUAUUCAAUGAGAAUGCCUCUACUGAUAUUCACUGCAUGCUGGAAUUCACCAACAAGACAGACAAAACUGGCUAUCUCAAAAUCUACGAUUCUACUUUAUUUUGCUGGAGCGAUGAUCUACCAAAUUCAGUAAUCGACGAGGAAGAUAUACUAUGCCGAAUCGUUUGUUUUGUCAGCGAUUCUCUCACAGAAUCCACCGAAAACUCUGUUGGAAUAUGUUCAGGCAGAUUCUGCGAUAUGGGUAAAGACAAACCAGUUGUCAUUACUUUAAUGAGUAAGAGCGAAUUUGCUGGUGACCCGACACAUCCACGUUUUGACGAUAUAGCCCCUGCACCCUCCUAUGCCACUAUAUACUCAGUCGGGAAGGUUGUAGGACAACCUAAGGGUACUAUCAAGUCUCUCUCUAUAGGCUGGAGAUCCUUUGAUUUACGAUCCUCCUACUACGAUUUAGAGGCUGCCUCCAAAUCAGCUUUCCGAAGGUAUUUCGUUAUUAGGUGGUAUAUACCAGCAGGAAAGAGGUGGGAGAGCACAAAAUUACCCCAAAUCGAUAGUGUCAUCCAAAUCACUGGGAAAUUAGUUGGUAGAGUUAUCGUUGAUAAUGCAUCAUCACAUUCUUUUCUUGGUUGUAUAGUGUCGUCAUUAAACUACAUUUCAGUAAUGCAAUCGGGAUCGGGGGGUGGGUCUAUUGGACAAUCCUCAGGUAGAUCAGAGUCUAAAAAUGUUGGAAGAUCUUGGGGUGCUCGGGCUCAAAAAAGAUCUGCGAUAUAUGAUUCAAGUUUGUAUUCAAGUUCAUCCCCCCCUCCAAAAAUCACUGUUAGCUCAUCUUCUAUUUCCAAACCCACUACAACAGGUAAAAAGAAAGCUUCGAGUGUAUCUAAUGACUGUUCUGUCGAUGACGAGUUUGAAGAUAUUGAGGAUGAUAUUGUUGAGGAUCUUGGUUCUGAGUAG